AUGGCAUCAUCUUCAUCGAUGCCUCUUGCCACUGUCUCACGUAUAGGAUCAAAAUCUCCGAGAAAGAAGGCCAUGAAUCCGAGUUUUUCUGACCUUCCAUCAGAACUCCUAGAUAUAAUAAUGUCUCAUCUUGUCUUAGAAGACAACAUCCGUGCAUCUGCGGUUUGUAAGUCAUGGUGUGAAGCUGCUGUACCUGUCCGUAUAGUGGAAAAGCAUCCUUGGCUUAUAUGCUUUCGCAAACGUGGCAAGUUGAUUGAACUCCGCGAUCCAUUACAGUGGAAUUUGUACACUUUGAGUCUGCCAGAGUUAGCUAACUCCACUGUGGGUUACUCGAGAGAUGGCUGGUUACUUAUGGAUAAAACUGGAACGAAAGAGGUGUUCUUCUUCCACCUGUAUUCUCGGGAGGUCAUAACCUUGCCAGAGUGUGAGCUGGAUUUUUCUAAGAUUGCGUUCUCUUGUCCUCCUACAUCAGAUAACUGUGUGGUGGUAGCGAUAAGGUUUUCAGAAUACUCUGUCAAGAUCAACACUUGCCAUCCAGGAGAUGCUAAGUGGGUUACUGCUAAAUUCGGUUAUGGAACACGGAUGUAUUGGCAGAGCAACCUUGUCUACCACAAUGAUCGAUUCUAUUGCAUCAACGCAGCAGGAGUUUUGUCUAACUUUCACCCAUCUUCGGGUAUGUGGACUCCUUUCUGUGUUCAUAAACUCUCAUGCCCGUAUAUCUACGAUAGAGUGCGAUAUGGAGGGAAGGCGAAAACAGUUGCCUUGACAGAGAAGGAAGGAGAGCUCUAUGUAAUGUUUGCAUGCAUGAACGAGAUGCCGAUGGUUUAUAAACUAGUCUCUUUGAGGUGGGAGGAGGUGAGUAGGACUACACUUGAUAGCUUGACGAUCUUUUUCGGUUUUCAUAACUGUGAGUUGAGAACUAAUCUCCCACGGAUGAGGAGCAAAGUAUAUUUCUCAAGGUUCGGACGCGAUCCCGAACCUUGUAUAUCCUACUCAUUCAAUGAAAACAUGCACAAUUCGAGUAAGGAAUUGAAGAGUUGGGUGAAACUGUGUCAUCGUCAAAUCCUAUGGAUCGAUCCACCUCCCAAGAAUUUGUUGGACCUUAUGUCCGUUAGCUCUUUACAUAACAGUUGAG